AGUCAGUGGAUCUCUUCCACACACCAUAGAAGAAGGCGGGGCGGAAGUGUUUUGGCAAGUGCACGCGCUCUUUUACGACUGUCCCGGUCGCGGCAUGUGAGCCGGGAAAGCGCGAGUAGCGAGCGGUUCGCCCGUGUUUGUAAGUUCGGCGCAGGAACGUGACGCGCGCUGAAAAUGUUUGUGGCGCGGAGCAUCGCGGCCGAUCACAAAGAUCUCAUUCAUGAUGUUUCCUACGAUUUCCACGGCCGGCGCAUGGCGACGUGUUCCAGCGACCAGAGCGUCAAGGUGUGGGACAAAAGUGAGAGCGGGGAGUGGCAUUGCACUGCGAGCUGGAAGACGCACAGCGGCUCCGUGUGGCGUGUGACAUGGGCCCACCCGGAGUUCGGCCAGGUGUUGGCCUCGUGCUCCUUUGACCGGACGGCUGCGGUGUGGGAGGAGAUUGUGGGAGAGUCCAACGACAAGCAGAGAGGCCAGAGCCACUGGAUCAAAAGGACUACGCUAGUGGAUAGCCGGACAUCAGUGACUGACGUGAAGUUCGCCCCCAAGCACAUGGGCUUGAUGCUGACCACGUGCUCGGCCGACGGCGUGGUGCGGAUCUACGAGGCACCCGAUGUGAUGAACCUGAGCCAGUGGUCCCUGCAGCACGAGAUCUCGAGCAAGCUGAGCUGCAGCUGCAUCUCGUGGAACCCCUCCAGCUCCCGCGCCCAUCCUCCCAUGAUUGCAGUGGGCAGUGACGACAGCUGUGUGACAUACGGAGGGAAAGUUCAAAUCUACGAGUACAACGAAAACACGAGGAAGUACGCAAAAGCAGAGACGCUGAUGACCGUCACAGACCCAGUGCACGAUCUCGCCUUUGCUCCAAACCUGGGCCGCUCCUUCCAUGUGCUCGCAGUAGCCACCAAAGAUGUCCGCAUCUUCAAACUCAUGCCUAUGCGGAAGGAGACUGCCACGUCCUCAGGACCCACAAAGUUUGAGGUGCAAAUCAUGGCGCAGUUUGACCACCACAACUCCCAGGUGUGGCGAGUGAGCUGGAACAUCACGAGCACUUUGCUCGCCUCUUCCGGUGACGACGGCUGCGUGAGGCUUUGGAAAGCGAACUACAUGGACAAUUGGAAGUGCACGGGCAUCUUGAAGGGUGAUGGCAGUCCAGUCAUCGGGUCCUCUGGUCAGCCUGUUGCCCUGAGUGCUGCAGGGGGGUCCUCAGCCUUGGCCUCCCAGAAUGCCCUGAACGGAGUGAUGGCUGGAAGAAAGAAAGCUCAGCUGAUGCCAGGCUAAAGGAGUAAUUUGCUGUUUUGCCGCUUGUUGCAUGCACACACAGGAACGGGACGGGAGCUCCCCUGUCUCCCCCCCUACGCAGACCAACUUCACCAAAGACAUUCCAGCACCUCGCCUAUUACUAGUCCCCCCCACCACCAGCCCUUCUAUCCACCCACCCUGGGGUUUUUGGUGUACCUCUCCACUCACGGUAACAGACUCUAGUCUGUCAUGUGACAGGUGGCACUUGUAUAACACUCAACAGUGGUUUUGCCCCUCACCUUUUUUUUUGGAAUUAGAUGACCAUUUCAGUAGUUUCCUCAGGGCAUCUUCCUGUCUUCAUUGAACACAAUUCAUACAGCAUCAUUUCUGGUGUUUUUGUCUGUUGGAUAAUGGAUAAAAAGAUGACUCAUCACUGAAAAUGGCCUUCGUGUGGAAGGUGUAAAAAUAACAUUGAAUGGUCAGAGUUAGUGUCACUUGUCAUUUCUUAUACUUUUUGUGACCAAAAUUCUGUGAUAGUCAUACUGUAGUCACAGCAAAUUCUUGUGUGACUCCAGAGCUAACAUUGUGGGGUAAGGGGAUGAUGGUAAAUCAAGAUUAACUUAAAAACCACAUGGGAAAAUGUCAUGAAGAGACUUGAUUAAAAUGGGCAAGAAGCAUUUUUCUCACAAAUCAUGGGUGACAAUGUGAAAGUUUUUGUAGUUUUCAAAGGCAGACAUUUCAACAGAACAUAUUUAUACAAUAAAGGUUUUUUUCCA